GUUUUCAGUUUUCCCCGGCUGAGAUUUUAAUCAAAUUGUUUUCUUCCUUUCGAAACUGAAGACAUUUAUUAGAUGCACUCGGUUAGCCCUCGUGUCGUGGUUAUGUUUUAAUCAGGUUUCUUUUUUUUCUUUUUUAACUUAACUUCUUCAUUCAGGACCCGCUACGGACUCCUCGUUAUGAGCAGAACCUCAUAAUUAUAUCGAUUUUUCUCAUUAAUUUUACUUGCCCACCUCGACUAACCAGCAAAAAAAAAACUUAAAUGUACGGGAUCUUCUGUAACAUUUUAAUGUUGACGGGAAUGUUUCAUUUUUUUCUGAUAAAUUAGACAGUGCUCACAAAUAGGUGGUAUUCAUCGACCGCCUAGAAUGAAAUGACAGAAAAGGUCCACGAGCUGAACCAGACCUCUUGUGCCAUAUACGUGUUGCAUCCUCACUAAAUAUUCAUUAAUCUCAAGCGAGAGCAGCCCGGGACUUCGACUUCAUACGAGUUAAAAAUGUGGGUGGGACUUGCGCAGCCAUUCGACGAGUGAUUGGACACCAAGCGUCCUUUGGGCGGGAUCUUCUUGCCCGGAGGUGGUGCUAGGUAAUAGGCCCCGCCCCCUCCCGUUGGGCCGCCUCAGCGUGGAUUACGCUCCCAGGGAUAGUCAAAGCGGAUUCCUUAGGGAGAGAGAGAGAACACAAAUCAGUCCCAUUUUAACAGGAGGAAAAACACGGGAUAUUCUUGCACAAAGGUCCACCUCUCAUCCGUGCAUCCUAGUUCACACGUAUCUGCUGAAGGAGAAAAAAAAAUCCUUCGGUUAAAGAAGGAAGAAAAAAACUUGUCACUGCAUGAUGACACUUGAUCUGCCGGGUCCUUUGAGCUGUACUUGAUCCUAUUGUUUUUUAAACUGACACCAGAUCUUUCCGCGCAGCCUUCUUUCUUAUUCCAGGAGGGACACCUCGAGGGUAUUUUUCCCCCGUUUGGCAGCUCAUUGUGGUUUUCCUUCGGACUGUGGCGAUCCUGGAUUCUGACAGCUGGGGCUUGUUUCCUCGCGUUCAAACACACACCUAGAUCUGCUCCAAAUUGAACCGUUUCCCGCUGAUCUGAACCAAGAGAACAGGGACCCGAAAAAGGUUGAUUUCAUGUUUGGGAUUCAGGAAAGCAUUCAGAGGAGCGGCAGCAGUAUGAAAGAAGAACCCAUCGGGUCCGGCAUGAACGCUGUCCGGACGUGGAUGCAGGGAGCCGGGGUUCUGGAUGCAAGCACUGCCGCUCAGAGCGGAGUGGGACUCGCCCGGGCACACUUUGAGAAGCAGCCACCAUCCAACCUGAGGAAAUCCAACUUCUUCCACUUCGUGCUCGCCCUCUACGAUCGCCAAGGACAGCCCGUGGAGAUCGAGAGGACCUCCUUCGUGGGCUUCGUAGAGAAAGAAAAAGAAUCAAAUGGCGAGAAAACUAACAACGGAAUCCAUUACAGAUUACAGCUCCUCUACAGCAAUGGAAUCCGGACCGAGCAGGACUUCUACGUGCGGCUGAUAGACUCCAUGACCAAGCAGGCUAUAAUUUAUGAGGGCCAAGACAAGAACCCCGAAAUGUGCCGUGUGCUGCUGACACAUGAGAUCAUGUGCAGCCGCUGCUGUGACAAGAAGAGCUGUGGCAAUCGAAAUGAAACACCCUCAGACCCAGUGAUAAUUGACAGAUUCUUCUUGAAGUUCUUUUUGAAAUGCAAUCAGAAUUGCCUGAAGAAUGCUGGGAACCCCAGAGACAUGCGGCGCUUCCAGGUGGUUGUGUCCACAACAAUCAGUGUGGAUGGCCAUGUCCUGGCUGUGUCCGACAACAUGUUUGUACACAACAACUCAAAGCAUGGGCGGAGGGCACGGAGGCUUGACCCCUCGGAAGGUACGCCCUCUUAUCUGGAACAUGCCACCCCGUGCAUCAAGGCUAUCAGCCCCAGUGAAGGCUGGACCACAGGUGGAGCUACCGUCAUCAUCAUUGGGGACAAUUUCUUUGAUGGCCUUCAAGUCAUUUUCGGUACAAUGCUGGUAUGGAGUGAGCUCAUCACUCCACAUGCCAUUCGAGUGCAGACCCCUCCUCGCCACAUCCCUGGGGUGGUAGAGGUCACACUGUCUUACAAGUCGAAGCAGUUUUGUAAGGGCACCCCUGGGCGUUUCAUCUACACAGCUUUGAACGAACCCACCAUCGACUACGGCUUCCAGCGGCUACAGAAGGUCAUCCCCAGACAUCCAGGCGACCCUGAGCGCUUGCCAAAGGAAGUCAUUUUGAAACGAGCCGCUGAUUUGGUGGAAGCCUUGUACGGCAUGCCUCACAACAACCAGGAAAUCAUCUUGAAACGAGCGGCUGACAUUGCUGAAGCCCUCUACAACGUCCCUCGGAACCACAACCAACUGCCAGCGCUCGCUAACACACCAGUCCAUGCAGGAAUGAUGGGAGUGAACUCGUUCAGCGGCCAGCUCGCAGUCAACGUAUCAGAGUCGACUAAUCAGGGUUUCACUCGGAAUACCAGCAGCGUGUCGCCCCAUGGGUAUGUGCCAAGCUCCACUCCUCAGCAGACAAACUACAACACAGUGACCACGAGCAUGAACGGUUACGGAAAUGCCAGCAUGUCCAAUUUGGGUGGCUCCCCAAGCUUCCUGAAUGGCUCUGCUGCCAACUCGCCAUAUGCCAUUGUGCCAUCCAGUCCCACCAUGGCAUCUUCCACCAGCUUGCCCUCUAACUGUAACAGCUCCUCUGGGAUAUUUUCCUUCUCACCAGCCAACAUGGUAUCCGCAGUAAAACAGAAGAGUGCCUUUGCCCCCGUGGUGAGGCCGCAGACGUCUCCCCCACCUACCUGCACCAGUGCCAAUGGCAACAGUUUGCAAGAACAUUCUUUUGUGGACUCUAGCAAGUACUCAAGCGCGGGCUCCCUGCCGGGCCUUGCCUUCUCCUGAACGAUUCCUGGAAUGAUUGUCCCUCCGAUGUAGAAGAGAGGAACAUGUGGGAAGGAAUCGAGUGAGCGACACUCUGAAACUCAGGCCUUUUCACAAUCGCAGCCGGGCAGUGGCACGUGGGACUGGCGCUGCGGAUCUGCCACCCAUCAUCGGUCGUCUUUGCUUUCUCACGUGGGGGUUCUCCCGUCAUUUCCCAGCAUUUUCUAAUUUGUAAAUUACUCGAGGGACACUGCGGCAGAGCUUUUGUGUUUUAUUUGUGGCGUUUGUGUGUGAGUGGGACAGGAUAGGGGGUGGUCUCUUGUGAAGGAGGAACAAGGAAAGGGUCAGCGCGGACGGAAACACAUGAAGCCAUGCAGCUGUGGACUCAGCGUGCAGCCAUCCGUAGCCCACCCGACACACAGCCAGCCACGUCAUGAACUGACCCUAACCGGACACACGCACUGACACAUGGGCGCCUAGUAGCGCGCACUCGCCCAGCAGGCGCGUGCACCUUACAAUUGCACUUGACACGCCCACUUUCACAGCGGAGCUGCUAAGGCUCACUAAACACACAGUUCCCCGCGAUCAGUCACUGGCGUCAACUGAGUAAUCGGGGUCUUUUUCCCGUUCUCGUUUAUGGGGUGAGUUCACCCUUUCAAAACGGUCGAUCUUACAUCGUGCACGUGACGGUUAUUUCAAGCUUUAUUUAUGGCUGAAAUUCGGAUGAACCACUCAGUCUUUAGUUCAGCUAAAGCAAGAAGGCAAUAGAUACAAAAUACACCGUCAGGAAAGUGAGAUGACAAUAUGUAAACUUAGACCGCCUCGAUAAACUUUUCUUGUGGAAUCGUUGACACUGAGCCUGUCACACGCUUGGUACGCGGUCGCACAAUCCCACCAAAGACCUGCGUCCCAAUACCGUCACACUGCGUCAAUAAAAAAAAAGAAAACACAAGGUGCCACCAAAGCCGCGCUCACCCUGAGGCUCAGUUGUCCAUGGCGGGCUGCGCCAGCGCUUACCCUACCCCUGACCCUCGGCCUUGCUAGCUGAUGUGCCACUUUCCCAAGAGGGACAUACGCUGCUACUGCUGCCACGAAUUGUUUAUAUUGUAGGUUUUGUGAUUUAUUUUUUAUUUUAUUUUGCCAAAGUCAUUGUUAAAUUCUAUUUAUACAUUUUAAUGUCUUAAGGCGACUUUUCAGUGAAUUUGUUUAAUUGCUUACACCCAUAAAAUAAAAUGGAAAGAAUAAAAGGGCGUGGGGGGCUGUAAAAUAUACUCUCCAAUGUAUUUAUCUGUGGAACUUGUACUUGACCCCCUACCCCCUCCCUUCCUCGUUUGUGUUCGUUUGCUCCGUGACUCUGUGCUGACUCCACUCAUUUAUAUUUGCUAUUGAAAUGUGAUUUCAAUGUUUUAGUUUUUUUUCAGGAUUGUUUUGGACUCAUGCUUCCAUUUUUUAUUUCCAUCACAAAAGCCAUUGUCUAUUUUUGUAUUAUUUGUAACUUAAGAACAAAUGUUUUUUUUUUGUUUUGUUUUUUUUUUAAUAUUUUGUUGUGCUGAGCGGGCGCCGGAACACUCGCGUUUGUCUGAAGCGUGUGUGCGCGAGUGCGUGUGUGUGCGCGGGCGCGUGCUCGUGCGCGCGACUUCUAUUAUGCAUGGGCUCUCUCUCUCUCUUCCUGCCGGGUUAAAUGGAUGCACUGAAAGUCGGAGGGAAUGCGUCUGGAAAGUCAUUUCUUUUUAAUGCCUGCUUGUAAUUUUCCUUUUUCCCCAACUUCACCCAACUCUGAACCAGCAACUCGGAUGCCUUAACAGUGCAAUUCAUGUGCAUUCGGUCACCUGCAUCACCAUCUAAUGUCAAAAGCACAAGUGGACUAGCGUGUUGGGGGAGGGGCGUGGGGGUGACCUGUCGGUGAGAUGGUCGUGCCACCCUCACAUCCGAGACACCCCUUGCUGCUCUCUACUGCCCUCUUCGACUUGGACCCGACCUUUCCUUCUGCUCGGACUCCGUAGUUAGGCCCAGUAUGCCAGUCAAUGCCAAUGGGACAUUGUGUUAAUGGGCGCUGCUUCUAGGUACCUGUCUGUAAAUGUCACUCUCCACUUUCGGGCUGGCAGCAGAAACAUGGCUCCACCCGAGAAGCAGCGCUGGUCUCCCCUGAACCCUCACUGAACAGGUCUGUUGUUAGGAUAAACAGAGACUACUGUCUAGAUUGUUUUUGAAAACUUUGAUCUGUAAAAUAACUUUUCAACUUUCACAAUAUUUAAUUAAAUUUCCUUCUUGUC